UCUCGCGGUAAUCUCUGGCUCUCUUCAUCGCAUCUCCUCUUGCUGUCGUGUGCGUUCCUCUUUUUCUUUCCUUCUUCCUCUUCUCUUCCUUCCUUUGCAUCCUUUUGUCUGCCCUUUCUUUUUCAUGCGCCCCCGCCUCCCACAAUCCCUCCCCUGUGCCGUCUGAUGUCACCCGCCGACGCCGCACAUGGUUGACAGACAACACUCCCCUAUUCUUUUGCGACAACCACAUCUUCCACACGAUAUCACUCCCUCACACCGGGUCCGAUGAUUCCAACGCGGCGGGCUAUCCCGCUUCUUGGCCUGGCCUUUUGCGUCUUCCUCCUAUACUCGUUCUCCAGGCUCUCACAAUGGCGCCAGAUGCCGCAAGCUGUUGGCAAGACCGCCGCGACGCCGUCUCCUACGCCGUUUGCUCGCUGGAACAUCAGCGGAGUCGGAUUUGACGAACCACAGGGCCGAGAGCCGUACGCUCCUCUGCCGCAGUAUGUCCCUGGCACGCCCAAACCUCCCGGCUCGACCUACUCGAAAAUGAUCGUGGUCCCGCAGACCAGCGAAGAAGACACGACGUGGAUGGAGUACGAGCUCCCCGGCUGGGAGUCCGCCGUUUACGUGGUCGAUGAUCCCUCGGCGCCUCUGCACCCGCCCCGGAAUAAAGGCCACGAGGUGAUGGUUUAUCUGAGCUUCAUCAUCGACCACUACGACCAGCUUCCCGACAUCGUGGCUUUCAUGCACUCUCACCAGUAUGCCUGGCACAAUGACGAGAUCUUCGGCGGGAAUGCGGCCGAGAUGCUGGACCGACUCAACCCCGCGCGAGUGAUCCGCGAAGGCUACAUGAACCUGCGCUGCACCUGGGCCCCCGGCUGCCCCGACUGGUUGCACCCCGGAACGGUGGAGGAGGACGAGACGAAGCAGGAGGAGACUAUGCUGGCUCGGUCCUGGGGCGAAAUAUUCCCCGACGAUCCCAUCCCGGACGUGUUGGCGCAGCCCUGCUGCGCUCAGUUUGCGGUCUCCCGCGAGCGAAUCCUGUCCAUCCCCAAAGCGCGCUUCGUGUACUACCGCGACUGGAUUCUCCGGACGGAGUUGAGUGACUACAUUUCGGGCCGUGUCUGGGAAUACCUAUGGCAUGUGGUCUUCACCGGAGAAAAUGUGGUCUGCCCCAAGGAGAACGUCUGUUACUGCGACGGGUAUGGAGUCUGCUUUGGCGGCGAAGACGGGUACGACGAGUUCCGCAGCGUUGGUCAGCAGAAGCAGGAGCUGGAGGAGGACCUGAAGCAUUGGUACGGCCAAGCCGAAGUGAUUGAGAUCGCUCGGUUGCGCGGAAACCUGGGGGAGAGCAGCCGUAUCACGGUUCCCGAGCCCGGGAAGGAUCUUUCGCUCCAGGACCAAAUCUAUGCAAAGGAGCUAUUGCUGGACGACAUACUCUUCAAUGCUACGGAACGGGGCAAAGACCCACGAGCUAGAGCCGUGGAGGCCGGAAGACCUUGGAAGGAGGGAGAUGGGUUUUAGCCCAUAUGGACUUAUCUUUCGUCCUCAUGACAGUCAGCUCGGCCUCACUAAAAGCGAUAUCUGCUUUAGAAUCUGGCAAUCUCCAGAAGGACAUUCACCAUCGCCUUCUUGUCUAUAUUUGCAAGAUCUGAUUUGGGCUACGGCUCCUUUCCUAUAUUUCCUGGAAUCUACCCUUGAGUUAUUUGAUUUUUCCUCGGAGCGUUGAGGACUUUGUUUGCACGAAUCGUGGGAGUUAUGUUUGUUUGGAUGGCAUUUCGUCAAAAUUUGUUGACAUCAGGCGCAGUUUAAGUUUGGCAGGCUCCAAACCUACGGAGUUUAAUAGGGUUCUGAAACAGUUGUGAAACGUUAAAUUGAUCAAUAAAC